GCUGCUGCGCUGAGCCCAGAAUGGGCAGGGGGCGCGUCCAUUUAAAGACCGCUGGACGUGCACAGCGGUUGUCCGAGCUCAGCGUCCAGACAGGUGCAGGCGUAGCUAAGCCAUCUGGGAAUGGGGCGGGCCGUGUUUCCUUGAUCGACUUUUGUGAGCCCUCGGUCCCCGGCGGAACGGAAAUCAUGGCCCAACUUGAGGGCUCCCAGGCCCCGUUGGAAUUCGGGGGACCCUUGGGCACCGCGGCGAUGCUGGUUCUGCUGCCCGCCACCAUGUUCCACCUGCUCCUGGUGGCUCGCUCCGGCCCCGCGCGCCUCCUGGGCCCACCACCAUACCUGCCCGGGCUGGAGGAGCUGUGGAGCCCACGGGCGCUGCUGCUAUUGUUCGCCUGGCUCGGCCUGCAGGCGGUGCUCUACCUGCUGCCUGCCCGCAAGGUGGCCGAGGGGCUGGAACUGAAGGACAAGAGUCGCCUGCGCUACCCUAUUAAUGGCUUCCAGGCCCUAGUGCUGACAACCCUGUUGAUGGGGCUGGGGGUGACAGCGGGGCUGCCCCUGGGGGCACUCCCGGAAAUGUUCCUGCCUUUGGCCUUUGCAACAACACUCACCAGCUUCAUCUUCAGCCUCCUCCUCUAUGUGAAGGCGCUGGUAGCUCCUGCCUCAGCGCUGGCCCCAGGGGGAAGCUCAGGCAAUCCGGUUUACGACUUCUUCCUGGGACGGGAGCUCAACCCUCGCAUUGGUUCCUUUGACUUCAAAUAUUUCUGUGAGCUGAGGCCUGGCCUCAUCGGCUGGGUCCUCAUCAACCUUGCCCUCCUGGUUCGGGAGGCAGAGCUUCGGGGGAGUCCCUCACUGGCCAUGUGGCUGGUCAAUGGCUUCCAGCUGCUGUAUGUGGGUGAUGCUCUCUGGUAUGAGGAGGCUGUCCUCACCACCAUGGACAUCACACAUGAUGGGUUUGGCUUCAUGCUGGCUUUUGGGGACCUGGCCUGGGUACCUUUCACCUACAGCUUGCAGGCCCAAUUUCUGCUGUACCAUCCCCAGCCUCUGGGGUGGCCCAUGGCCUUGUUCAUCUGCCUCAUCCAAGCUGUUGGUUACUACAUCUUCCGUGGUGCUAACUCUCAGAAAAACACUUUCCGAAAGAAUCCUUCUGAUCCCAGUGUGGCUGGUCUUGAAACCAUCCCUACUGCUACAGGGCGGCAGCUGCUGGUGUCUGGGUGGUGGGGUAUGGUUCGUCAUCCCAACUACCUUGGAGAUAUCAUCAUGGCUCUGGCCUGGUCCUUGCCCUGUGGGGUGUCUCACCUGCUCCCCUACUUCUACGUCCUCUACUUCACCGUGCUGCUGGUGCACCGGGAGGCCCGAGACGAGCAGCAGUGCCUACGCAAGUACGGCCGGGCUUGGCGCGAGUACUGCAAGCGUGUGCCUUACCGCAUCAUGCCCUAUGUCUACUGAGGCAGCUUGGCCUACUGGAGCAAGCCUGGGCACAUCUGGGCUCAAGGGCCUGCACCCAAUGCCACCAAAAUCUCCACCAGGCAGGGAUAAGCAGCCCCAGAGGAGGUUUGAAGCAAGAGGAAAAAGCGGGAGCCCCCAAACAGAGACAUUUUCCCCUGUUGGAUAAAUAUUUGGAACUCUU